GGACUACAACCCUUUUUUUGGGGGGGGGAUUACGAACAAACAUUUUUGGGAGGCCCCAUUGGCGAAAGCGCGCCUUGGGUUACAACCUGUUUUGGUUUACAAACGGACCUCCGGAACGGAUUGUGGUUGUAAACCAAGGUACCACUGUACCUAUUUGCAUGUCAAAACAGUUCUCUCUUUAAAAAAGUGGGGGGAAAUGACUGCCCCGCUGAACAGGCCUGUAAUCAAAUGGCUAAGAUUGAACAUAGUCCUUCGGAAAUGGGCAACAAUCAGGGUAGAUAAGUACAGUACUGAUUCCCUGGGAAGGGGUUAAGUGUGUAGGCUUAUUAAUUGUCAAAGGUUUUGCACAAACAGCAAAGUCUACUUGUUAGUCAAGAGACAUUCUCCAGCUUUAAAACAUAAACUUGCCUUAUGUUAUCUGGUGGGCGUUUCACCAGCAAUAAUACUAAUAUUGCAGCUGCAUGACGGGAUGUGCUAACUCAUGGUCUCUAGGGAAAUUACAGUAAAGUUUGGACUAGACGCAAAAGCCUAGAAGCCUCGUAGGCUGUAAUGUGAGCGCAUACAGUAAGGAAAGCAUUAUACAGUGGUACCUCUGGAUACGCACACCUGUGAUUGCGUAUCCUUCGGGUUACGUAUGCAGCAAACCCGGAAGUAUUUUUCUGAGUUCCACCAUGCACACAUGCACAGAAGCACUCUACGGCACCACGCACAUGCACAGAACAAGCACCUCCAGUUGCAAAUUCCUCGGGAUCCGACCGGAGCUCUGGAACGGAUCCUGUGCACAACUGGAGGUACCACUGUACUGAGUCAGACCAUUAGUGAAAUAGCCUUCCAGGGUCUCAGCAAGUGGACUUUCCCAUCAUUGGCUACUUAAUCCUUUUAACAGGAGAUACUCAAGAUUGAGCAUAGGACCUUCUGCAUGCAAAACAUGUGCUCUACCACUGAAUCAUAGAAUUGUAGUGUUGAAAGGGACCACAAGGGUUAUCUAUAGUCCAACACAGGAAUCUUCUGCCCAACUUGGGGCUUGAACCUAUGACCCUGAGAUCCAGAGCCUCAUGCUCUACCAACUGAGCUAUCUUUGGUUAAGUAUGACCCCCCCCUCCCCAAACAAGAGUUUGGCUCCAUAGAAUCACAGAACUGUAGUGCUGGAAGGGACCCCAAGGGUCAUCGAUAAGUCCAACUCCAUGAAUGCAGCAGUAACCAACCACAAUUUUUUGAAAGGGGGUACUGAAUCACUUAACAAAUGUGCAGAAGUUAUUAUGUCUUCCUCCCUUCACAGCUGCUUACAAAGUAUCCAAACGAGUAGUUUUCAAAUGUCUCCAUAAAGAAAACGGAGAAGUUGCAUUAUAUUUACUGAAAGAAGCUGAUGGAAAAGCAAGAAUCUCAAGUUUCAACACAACACGCUUUUAAGUUGCAUAACAGGAAAGAGUUUUUAAAUAUAAGAACAGGUAAGACCAAGUGGUAGAAUUCUUGUCCAUAAUGAAGGGAUUUCAGACGAUCCCUCAGAUGUUUAAAGGAUGCAUGAAAGUCAUGCAGCUUAACUUUGUACCCAACAAUGUACCUAAUGGCCAAAUAAACACCCCAUCCAUUUUGCACAUGUGAGAAGGGUGUCUAUCUGCAUGCCAACACGAAUGCAUUGAGCUCCUGACCCGGUUAGGGUUCUCCCUCAUAUGGGAGAGGUCUAUAAGCAUGGAUGUCCUAAUUCUCCACAUUUGAGUCCAAAGUGGAGAUGCUGUCUGAAUAAGUAACAGGUGCAUCAACAAUACUGCACUUCAGAAUUAGCAUAUACUGGUGCCAUCCGCAAGACUGCUUUGUGAGCUCAUCUGAGCUCAACAUUUCCCAGGUAUAGUUUAAGUCAGACCACUGGUCCAUCCAGCACAAUAUGGCUGGGCUCCAGAUGUUGUUCAACAAAACUACAGCUCCCAUGUCAAUGGUGAGGGAUGAAGGGAGAGCUGGCCAACAACAUCUAGAAGGCACUAGGUUGGCUACCCAUGGUGUACACCUAGGGUGCGGAAUAUCUGGCCCAUGGACCAAAUUUGGCACUGCGCAAUUUGGCCCACAAAGCUUGUUUACUCCAAACAAUGCCCAUCUGCCCUACAUCUGAAAUUACAUGUGACAGGCUGAGCCAUGGGAAAUUUGACUGCACAGCCCAUCCCUGCAAAAAGCAGCACUGAGGUAACCACCCAUCAACUGCUGGACAGUUAACCCUGCUGGAUUAGUUGUGUGACCCUAUAUUCGCGGCUUCCAUAGGGCUAGCAAAGCCCCUUGUGCUGUGGUUCCCAAGCACCUGGCAACUAGCUGGCUAUAGGGUGCUUGGGGUGUGUUGCACAAGUCACACAGACAGGUGGAUGGGAAAACCCAGCUGACAGAACAAGAAUGGCACCAGGUGAUUGGCAGGAAAGUUGCUCCACCCACCUGUCGAAGUUGAGCCAUGGGGAUGGUUUGGCAAUGCCAGGUCCAAAAGGGUUUUCAGUGACUGGCAGUAGCUCUCCAUGCUGGGUUCCUAGACCUACCUGCAGAUUUCAGGGGUUGAACCUAAAACCUCUAUGUAGAGCAUUGCUCUACCACUUAGGCAUAACUCUAAAGAGAUGGGCUAGGCAACGUCUAUGAGAUACCUUACUUUCUAGUGGAACAAUCUACAUUUCUGAAGUCGUACUAUUUUUGUUAAUAUUUCUAUUUGCCUAAUCAUCCCAGACUUUCUGUUGCUAUCUGCAAAAGGAAACACUGAUUGUACGGAAGGCGAGUACAGAAGCCCUAUCCAAUUAACACACUGACAUUUUGUACAAUAAGAUGACAGAGAACCUAAUACUAGGCAGGCAGGCAUUCACAUCAGCUAUCACUUUUGAAAUGAAUGAAACAGAAUAAGGGGCAUCUCUCCCAAGAGCUUGUGUUACACGGACUCCGUUUAGCAUGGAAACAAGUUACAGGAAAAGCAAGUGGUAUAAUGAGCCUGUCUUUAAUGAGAGGGCAGGAGAAAAAGUUAAUUUUUAAAUGGAGUAUCACGAACCACUAAAAUAUUAAUCAGCCAGGUACUAAUGCUUCUAACACCCAGAGCAUUCUCGCUUCCAAUUAAAGGAGAAAAUGACAAAUAACUUUUGACAAAAAAGCCACUUACUUUUAAAGCAGAACUUGCUAGCUAGAAAGAAAUCAGCUGGAGUAAAACGGACCAGACCACAGAGCGGGGUUUCUGCUCCUUUAGCAACUGAUGUCAGGCAGAAAUUCAAGAGGUUCAACUUUUUCCACAAGAGGGGUGUUGAUGGGGAGAAACUUACCUGGUUGAAUUUCUGCCUUACAAAGACUCAGCUGUUGUUGUUUUUUAAAGGGCAAAGGAGCACCACUGGGAGACAGAGGACAGGAAGAUUACAAAUCCCUUCAACUUUUCUUUCUAGUAAAACAUCACAUUGGAAUAAGCCUGACUUGUCUGUCUCAAAGCUUGAUGUAAACUCUGAACUAGCAGCAUAUUUUCCCAGUGUUCGCAUAGAUCAUUAAUACCAUAAGACACAUCUGCUAAUGUCUUUUCUUUUUAAUGAAUUUUAGUUAAAACCAUAAACAUACUCUUCUCCCGGGAGUCGCUGAUGAACUCAGGAAUUUUUGGGGUGGAAAUGACCUAAAACAAAUGGAUGUUCUUUCCUACAAUUUGCCUCGUCUCCUUUUUCAUUUGUUUUACGCGUAAUAAACCGGGGGGGGGGGUGGAAUUUCGGGGGGGGGAGAGAUGACUCGUCCGAUUGUUCUUUUCCCAACAGGAAAUGGAGAAGCUGUUUUGACAAUAUGGAUUAAAUAACGGUUCUUUUAAAGGCAUGGAACCCCCCGCCCCACCCUUUGCUCUCUUCCUCGCCAAUGCCUAGUAAUUGAGAUCACAUGGACUCUGUCUGAACUCUCAGCCGUUCUUCGGGGGGCUAAAAUGAAAACGAAACCCAAAACAGUGGCUUCCCCAGACCGCUAAGAUUUACGCAGCAGGAGCUGCUGGUGGCGAGUAGGUGUGCGAGGAUACGGGAUCGAAUGAGCUUAAGUGCGUCUCUUAAGAGCGCGCGCGUUACUUGGCAGGGCGGGGGAGCCCUUUAUUUUUAAUUUGUUUUUAUUUUUAACUUUUCCCCGUCCACCCACCACCUAUGCGCACCACGUAGCAGGGCAAGCGGGCGCGUGCCUGCGAUUCCUUCGCACUUUUUUGAUCUUCCCAAAAGAUGCCCAGGGACUCAGAAACGAGAGAGGGCACUGGAGUCGGCGAGAGUUUGGCGCGCCCCUCUUUCUUUCCUUCCUUCCUUCAUUCUUUCUUACCUUGCCUCCUUGGGAUGUUUCUUCUGUUUGCGGUUAAGGGUCCGAUGCAACAAGCCAGCAGGACCCAAAGCAGGCGGCGGGAACUGCAGCGAGACCGGCAGUGUAAAUCCAUUUUGGCUCAAAUCGGAUUGGCCUGUUUCCAACAAAACACACCGGCUGCGAUGUGUGGCGGGGGGGGGGGAAUGAUUAUGAUUUUAAGCAAAGUUUGAGCAAGUUGAGCAGAGCGCGCUGAAGGGCUGGUUUUGCAAUCCGUGGUAACGACGCUCCAAAAGAUCCUAGAGAUUAUGGUAAUCGGGGAGGAGCUUUGUGCUGGGUUGCAAGCGGCGGCGAGGACGACCAGUCGCGAGUCCGGCGUCUGUGGAAGCCAGACGGGUUUAAGUGGGUAUGGCACGGAGCAAGCAGCACGGUUUUUACGCACGCAACAGGGCGGGGACCUGCCCUUUGAUGGGAUUAGAAGAAUCCCCAGUAAUGCGAGGGCGUACAGCAACUAUAACGAAUGGAUGAGGCGCCUCUUAACUGCCUCUCCACACACACUUGCGCCCCACUCCGCCCCCGGGAUCGUCUCUGAGAUGAUGGAUCCAACAAGACGCCCACCACCCGCUGAGGAGCGAUCCAGCGACGCCCCCCUGCGGAAGAUGAUCCGUCGCUCACUGCGCGCCGCAGCGGAGCGCGCAUUUCCAAACGCUCACCGCGCAAAACGGCCGGUUCCCUCUCGCAGUAAGAGCAGAGCCGUUGGCUGCCCUUUUCACCACCACACCCGGCUCUUUCCCCGAGCCCCCCACUUUCCGUGGCAGAGUCCCUUCUCCAAAAACACGCUGCCUCUCCUCAAACGUUCCCUUAGAUUUAUCCUCCGCUCCUCCAACUGGGGAGUCGGCUCGCCAGUUUCCCCAUAG